UCCUGCAAGACUUGCCAGUGUUUGACGAACGAUGUGAGGGGGUGGUGGUUGCGCUAUUUGGUGUUUAAAUAUGCUGCAUUUGCCCCCAAUAGGGUGGUGGAUUCCCUAGUGAUGGUGAGCAAAGGUGGCAGUCAAGUGUCCACUUCUACAGGGGUUAAUGGUGGUGUCCUAUGCGGUGUGUCCGUGAGGGGAGUGUGAGAGCACCAGCAGUGAGGAGCAGCAGGCGAUGGUGCCAAGUCACUGCUGGAGGAGGUGGUGGUGGUGGUGGUGGUAGUGGUGCAGCAGACAAGUUGUUCUAUGCUGUACCAUCCUGUAACCUUCCUUCCUGCCUGCGUGGACCUGCCUGCCUGCUGCCCUACAGGAGUGAACCUUACUGGGGUGACAUUACUACCGGUACAGCCUCUCCCGGUUGUGGAUAACAGAAGAAAAAGACUCUGGGAAAUUUGUAUUUAUUUAUUUAUUAACUUAAAACAACUUGUAAGUGAGUCCUGUACUAAUACCAGACUACCCAGACCUUGUUGAUUGGUUUAUCUGGCCAGCCGCUAUUGAAUCCAGGUGUGAACAGGACCUUAAGUGGCCUAUAAACUGUUUGAAGUGCACAACCCUCGUACUAUUACUAUUAUUAUUACUACUACAGAACUAUAGUGUGUGUUGUAGUGUUUAAAAAGUGUCUAUACAUAUAUAAAUAUAUAUAACCGGCCAGUCUUAUAUAGUAACAGAUUAUAAUAUUGUAGUGGUGAAGAGUAUAUAACCUGUUUAUAUACACGAAAGUAGUAAUUAAGGAAAACACAUGAUAAAGUGUGAAAACAAGUCUGUAAAUGUGCUUCAACAUUAAAAAAGUGCUCAGAAAAAGAUAGAAAUAAAGAAUAAGAAAACUUUGAUUUGCCGAUAAGUAAAGGGAGGAAAUAAGAAAAUAAACCCACAACACUUUAACGAAAGUGCUCAGAAAAGAUACAAAUUAAAGAAAAAAAAACUUCGAUUUCUUGAAAAGUACACGUGGAAACAAAAACUUAAAAGUACUUGAAACAAAACGAGGGAAAAGAAAAAAGAAAAACAAAAUAAAAUAGAAAAACAAACUUUAGGAAACGGGGAAAAAAAUAUAUAUAUAAAAAAACCUACAUUUGCUCAACUUCAUUGCGAUAGUGGUGAGUGUGUGUGUGUGUGUUAGACCCUGCUAUCAAAUUUUUGGACCCCGAGGAGCCGCGCAGUGCCAGCAUAAUAUAUAGGAAUGGUUGUAGCAAGCCGAUCGCUGGCGGGUACCCCUGCCAUGGUUCCCGGCCACUCCACCCAUGACUUGUGCUGAGCAUGUUGGACUGUGACGUGAAGGAAAGCCAGAAUUAACCAAGAAAAGUAGGUAAAUAACCCCCAAAAUGCUUCAAAUAAGGCUUAAAUAAAUCGACGGUUCCUGCCCCGUUCAGAGCGCCCACCGUGAAGACAUGGACCCAGACCGAGACCGAGACUCUCCCUCCGCCCAGUGUCUGUGUCUCUUCGUCAAUAUUUCCUUCAAUUUCCAAGGUUUUCCGGGCAUUUCCAGGCUGGGCCCGUGUAUGCAGGACCCGGCAUGGGUCAAAAUGAGCUCGACUGCCCAACUUACCAAGAAGAGGAAGAAACCAGAGAUCAAGCCUCAGUCCCAGAUAAACAAGUGCCUUAAUGAGAAGCGGCGUCGCGAGCAAGAGAACACUCACAUAGAAGAACUGGCAGAGUUAAUCCAGGCCAGCAUCGCCUCUGACAUGAGCUCACUCUCUGUCAAGCCCGACAAGUGCGCGAUCUUGCAGCAGACGGUCAAUCAGAUCCGGCGCAUCAAGGCCAUCGAGGGAGCGGGGGAGUCGGCCGUGCAGCAGGGCGAAGUCUCUUCCUCCCGGCCAUCACUGCUCCCGGCCCAACGCCUGGCACCCCUACUGCUUCAGGCUCUUGGUGGCUUCAUUUUCCUUGUAAGCACUGAGGGGAAAAUAGAAUUUGUGUCGGACAGAGUGAGCCAGUUCAUCAAGUUUACCUCGGAGGACUUGACGGGGAAGAGUAUCUACAACAUUAUCCAUGUAGGAGACCAUGCCAAAUUCUCCUCUUCUUUUAUGUCAAUAGGCUGGCCCAGUGAAGCAGCGUGUGAAUCAUCAAGGAAUCGCAGCUUCAACUGUCGCCUCCUGGUCAAGCCUCCAGAUGACCAGGAGGAGACUAUGGAAGAGAAGCAACAACGGGUGUCCCAGUAUGAGAAUAUGCAGAUUUCUGCAGUGCUUUUACCUUCGUUUAUUGUGGACAAAAGUAACAGUGAAUCCUUUGAGGGUGAGGGUCAACAGUGCCUAGUUUGUUUGGUUCGGCGAAUUCCUCCCAACGAACGCAUCCAGGGUAUCCCUGUCGAACAGUUCACCACCAAGCUGGACAUCCAGGGAACCAUCAUUGCCAUUGAUGCCAGUGGGGUGUCUCCCAAAUACAGUCAGUACAUCAGUAGGGAACGAGUGAAGGAGCGAUUCAUUGAGCUGAUUCACCAAGGGGACGUCACCAAAGUCACCGGCCAUCUGAAGGAGACGCUGCAGGCGGGCCAGGCGACCUCUCAAGUGUACCGUGUUAAGGUUGGGGGUGACCGCUGCAUUAGAGUGCAGACCAAGUCUAAAUUCUUCCGGGACGCUGACGGGAGCCAGCCGGAGGGAAGCUUCAUUAUGGCAACACAUUCUAUUAUCGGACCCUUCCAAGAAGGCAACGGUUCAGCAGCAGCGGAGAGAUUAGUGGCGGGAACCUCGGGCAACGGAGGGUCUGUGCUGGACGAGUCGCUGGCGGGACGGCCAAGCAGCACUGGUGGGGCAGGGGAUGACUCAGGUGUCACCUCCCUCAGCGACAACACUCGGCUGCGGAGCCUCCUCAGUCACACGGAGAGCAGCGCUGACCUGUCCUCGGAUAAUUCAAACAAAAUUCUCAAGGAUCUCCUGAACCAGAAGGACGAGGACGACGGGCAGGGCGGCCUGGUGGGCAGCGGCGGUGGCGGUGACGGCAACAACAGUCUGGAGCGACUCAUCUCCAGGGUGCCGUCCCACCACGACUUCAAGCCUCUCUCCUGCCCCUCACCCUCUGUCAACUCCAACGCUAACAACAACAUGCUGAGAGACCUGCUGAAUAGCGACGAUGACAACGAGAACAGAGACACCAUUUGGGAUCUCCUGGAUAAGAAUGCUGAUGAGAAGAAGUCAGACCUGAUUCCUGAUUUCAAGCCACCGCAGGGGCUGGGAGGAGCAGGAGGCGGCAACGCAGGUGGAGGAGGAGGAGGUGGAGGUGGCGGCGGAGGAGGAACUGGUACUGGAACUGGAGGUGGAGGCAGUGGAGGUGGAACUGUGGCUGGGAGUGGGGGAGGAGGAGGAGGAAACAGUGGAAGUGGAGGUGGAAGUGGUAGUAAUAGUGGUGGCAGUGGAGGAACGACAGGAGGAGCAGCAGGAGGAGGAGGUGGAGGAGGUGGUGGACCACUCUCCUGUAACUCUACCUUGUCCUCAUCCAACACUCUGAGCACCAUGACUGCCUCCUCCCCAAAUCUGCCCCAGUCGACCAGUGCUGGCCUAUCCCAGAGAGCCCACAGCCCCGACCUGCUCAGCAACCCAAUUAUUUUAAGAGGCGUCAAGCGUCCCAGCGAUGAAGCACAUGACGGCAAUCCCAAUAAACAGCAAAUGAUUAGAACAUUUGAGAGUUUACUGGACCCGUCGCCCCCUGGGUCCUCCAUGAGCCCUGCCCCGGUGCAGCACGGAGGGCCCCCCACUCCCCUUGGCGGGCCCUCCACGCCCCACGGAGGCCCCACCACUCCACACGGAGGCCCAUCCACUCCCCAUGCUGGCCCCACCACUCCCCACGGCCCUUCCACGCCUCUUGGGAACAACACUGGAGGGGCAAUUGCAGGAGGGGGAGGGGGAGGAGGUGGAGGUGGAGGGAGUGGAGGAGGAGGAGGAAUGGGAUCUAAUAUGAAUAACCAAGGACCAUCAUCUUCUUCUAAGCUGUGGGAGAAGAACAAGAUGCUGGCAACACUCCUGGCAAGAGAUCCUGUUCAUCUAAACCAGGGGCCCCUACCACAUGCUAAUCCACAAGGUUUGCCUCAAGAAAAGCUUCCAAAAGACUUGGAUAAGAAGUUGCAGAAUCAGUCGUGGCCAUCUCGCCCCCAAAACCCUGAGAUUCUGACACAGCUCCUUACUAACCGACCGACUGUCAAGGUCCCUACUUCCAUGGGUUCGAGCAACUUGGGGCUCAGUUCUCAGAUGCGCACUCCAGGCACCCACACUUCCAUGAUGUGCAACCAGUCCAGCCUCUCUUCACAGGGCCAUGUUUCCUCCCAGCCUUCCUUAACCUCCCAGAGUGGCCAUGGCGUGAAGAACACCAGCUUGAGUGGGUCGGGGACUGUGCAGACAUCUAAGAGUGGCCAGGUGUCGCUGAGUGGCCCUGGGUCGUUGGCAGUCAAUAGUGGUGUGUCUGUGUCGUCCCCCUCCAUGUCCACCACCACCACCAACACAUUGCCUCCCAUCCAGGACUACAUGAGGUUGAAUGUGCUGGGGACAGUGAGCAGUAGUUUCCCAGACGGUUCCUUGCCUUCUAUCACUACGGUCACCUCCACCUUCAACACUAUACACAACAAUGAUGACUAUCUACGAGAGACUGUUAUUAACGACAUUUUAGAGAUGACCAAGUCCUUUUCAGCCAAUUCCUGUGCCGAGGAGUUAGGGCUGCAGCCGGAGCCUCUACCUGAAGACUCACAACAGCCUCCAUCAUCAUCGGCUCACGAGAUCAUGGAGAUUCAGAAAAUUCAGAAGUCGCUCAUGUCAGACUUGGAGACUCCUGCAACACCAACAGUGACUGGUGCUGGCCCUCUACCCCCGUACAGCACUCAACAGUCUAUCCAGUCCCGCAGUAGCUACCCUCCGCCCUACACUCACCGAGCAGUGCGGUUUCCCAACAUGGGGCCGGCACCGGGAUCUGGUGGCGUCAACCUGGGUUCCCUCAUGGUGCGCCCUAACAACCCACAGUUUGCUGCCGGGAACCCCACCUUAACGUCUCGGCCGACUCUUACUAAUCAGCGCACCAGUAUGAUGCUGAACCAACAGCAGACCCGGAAUCGGCUCCUGCACACCCAGCAGCAGCAGGUGCUCGUCCCGUCCAACACAUCUGACGUCUCCCAGCCUUCCCAGACCUCUUACCAGAGCAUGGAAGAGCUCUUCAACAACAAUGCUGCUCCGCCAAACGUGAAUGUCACUCUCCAGCGUAACGUAGCAGAGUCUCAAACCUCUCCCAACUACAACCUGCUCAACUCGACUCUUGUGGGGCCCGGCCAGAUGUCACCCAGCCAGCAACGCAUUCCCCAGCCCCCAUAUUCCCCCCAUGGCCAAACCACAUCCCCAUUACCCGGCCAGCAGUACACCACCAGUGGACAGAUGGGAGGGUACCAGGGAGUGCAGGGCUCCCAACUCUCCCCAAGACUCUCCCAAGGGUCACCAGCCCCACCAAACUACCAGCCAGGGAGUCAGCCGCUGCCCCAGAUGUCCCCCACGGGCCCUGGCACCCCAGGCACGCCUGGGGUACAAGUUCCUCCUGGGCAGCAGAGUCCUGUGUGGUCGUCCCCCAGCUCCCAGCGGCCCUCACUCAUUUCACAGAACCCAAUGCUUAAUGCACAACUUUCUUCUUUCAUGAGAACCGACGGCACUCGGCAGUUCACCGGUGGAGGGCGGCCGGGCCAGAUACCCAGCAUGAGAUCCGUCCCCAGCCCCGGCCCUCGGCAGUCCCCCUACCAGGGCAUGGGGCCCCCCACCCCUGGCGCUGGUGGUCAGGGAGACCCAGGCCCUUACCCUCCCUCCUCUCCACAGCAGGGACAAGGCCCAUUACUUUAUCAACAGCAGCAACAACAGCAGCAACAGCCACAGCAGCAGCAGCAGCCACAGCAGCAGCAGUACCGUGGCAUCCAGAGAACCAUGUCAGCCCCUGUGGGAAUGCCUGGAGGUGUGCACUCCCCGCGCAGUGCUCACCCCUACCCGCCGGCCCCGGGCCACCACCAUGACCCACCCGCACCCCCUUCCCACCCGCCACCAGCUGCAGGCGGCCACCUCCCCGGCCCGCACUCUGUGCCACCUUCCUCCUUAGGCCACGCCCACAUGGUGCACCACCACCCAGGCCCCCUCCCCCCCUCACUCAUGACCUCCACCGGCUCCCCCAUGGGACCUGUGGCCGUGUCCUCAUCCGGGCCGGUGGAGGGCACUCACAUGAUGGGGGGAGGACCCAUGGGGGGCGGCGGCCCUGGGGGUGGGAUGCCAGGGCUGGUUGGAGGGGUAAUGCCCCAGGGCUACGAUGGGGGUCUCCCACCCCACCCUCACAACUAUGAGGUGGCUGCCCACUACUAUGGGGCCCCUGACCCAGCCAGGACCUCUUCGGGCGGGAAUGGCAUGCUCAGUGAGUACACUCGAAACGAACUGCGGGCCCAUGUGGGUGCCCGGAGCACAGGGGGUGGGGGGGGAGGGGGAGGACCAGGCUCCCCUUCCCCCAACCAGCAGCAGCCACCACAGCCACAGCAACAACAGCAACAGCAGCAGCAACAGCAACAGCAACAGCCACAGCCACAACUACAGCAACAACAACAACAGCAGCAACAACAACAGCAACAACAGCAGCAGCAACAGCAACAACAGCAACAACAACAGCAGCAGCAACAGCAGCAGCAGCAGCAGUCUCAACAAACACAACCACCACAUCUGGCCUUCCAACAAACCCCCGACCAACACCACCACCACCACCACCUUGACCAGCCGCUACUUCAUUCUUACUCCCCCUCAGAAAGCAGCAAGUGGGGAGGAGAAAGUGUGAACACGAGUCAAGCAGGAGGACUGAGCACAUCCCCUAGAAUGGACGAUAGCCGCAGCAGUGGUGGUGGAGACAAGGGGAAGUCAGAGAGCAUGCUGAAGCACCUGCUGUCCAAAUAAUAUUCUCAGUGGGUCGCUGCGUCGCAUCAUCCAAAUGCUCACCUGCACACUCGUCUCCUUGGCCACUCUGUCUCUGCUGACCCGCCUGCUGCCAGUCACUGAGAGUUGCAGGUUGCACCACAGCCGUGUCUCUGUGGUGGCAAUUGUGGAGCACGUGCACCCCAAUGCUGGGGAAAAAACUUCUUUUGCUUGACUGACUGGUAUAGUUUUCUUUGUGAUGAAGCCAAGGUUUUAUUCACUGUGUAAGGAAGAUGGAUGUAAAAUUAUUGUUUUAUUCUACAAGUAUUAAACCUGUGCCUGUAAUAGUGAAGAUUUUUCUUCCUAAUGCAAAAAGUGUUUUGUAAAAACAAAUUGAGAGUAGUACAUUUUAUUCUUUUAGAAUGUUUUUAUUCUUUUAGCAUAAAACAUAAAUUGAAAAUGACUCCAUGAAAAUUUUAUUUUGAUAUGAAACUGAUGUGUUUGAAAAUGCCAAAAAAUAUAUAUAUUGGAGUAAUUAGACAAAAGGUGUAAGCAAAGGUGUUUGUCCCAUUGGGGGUGUGCUUGCUCUGGUCUGGGUGGAGGGAAGCCAGUGUGAUGGUUCAAUGCCAGAGCAGUCCUGUGAUUUAAACUACCAGUACAAAAGGGGGAAUGCAAAAAAGUUUGGUGGGUCCCAGGGUUUGUGCAUUCUAUUUCCCAUUUGCCCACAAGUAAUGUGUACAUGCUCCCUACCUUGCUUUUACCAUUGAUUAUAUUAAGGAAAUGAUUUCUCUUCUAGAUAUAUGAAACUCAUGAUUUACCUCACAAUGAGAUCCCCCUGCACUUCACCUAAUGGCAAGAGUCGAUCUCAUUGCUAUAUUUUUAUUCUUCUCCACUUUCACGUUUAUCUGUCAUAGUGCCGCAGCAGGAACACAUUGCCAGCCUAACCAGAAGGACGUGCCAUGUGCCGAGGCGUGGUGGCAGGAGUGCCGGCGCCGCUGCUGGGCUGGGCAGUGUGGCGGCCGGCAGGGACUCUGGUGGCAUGUUAGCUGUGGUUUGGUUCAGCCUUAUGUGCAAUUCUUACCAUUGGGUUGUGACUUUCAUGUCUAGUGUACAGAGAUUAUUAUUAUAUGAGGAGGGUAACAGUUGGUGUUGUCAGACUGUUGUAUACUAUUGUUAUGAAUGUAAUUACCAUUAAUAUAGUUCACUUAUAUACAGAGCCUUACAUACUCAACUCUUCUAUACCAAAGGCAUUAAUGUAGAUACACAGUGUACUUGCGGAAACUUCCCUAACCCUGUAUUUCUUUGCACAUCACCAAGUUGAAUGUUAGAUAGCAGGAAAUGUUAUCAAGAUUAGAGUAAAAUAUCAUGUUAUAAUGGUUUAUUAUUUUUCUAUGAGAAAGUUUAUUGACCUGUUGUUAUUCUACAAAGAAAAUUAAUGUUGGUAAAGCUAUGUUAACUUAUUGCUGGAACACAGAAGUGGGUGGGGCCAGAGCAGGGAAGAGUGCGCCAAGGGAACAGAGCCAGCCACCUGUGGUGCAACGCGGCUGGGAACAACUUGCUCAUCAUUCACUUAAUGGCUACUUGUGGACUGGCGGGCUGGAGAAGGUGACCCUUUGGAAGUGACAGGCAGUGUGAAAGAGAAUGAGAAUCAUAGUCUGUAUUUUUUCACUUAGGGAUCAUCCCAAGACCAUUUGGUAGAUAAGCAAAAAAGCAGCCAGUGUUUCUUGUUCUUGACAGAAGAUUUAUACGGCUGAUGUGUGAUAAUUGUAUUUUGUUUUGGACCAGACUUGUGCUUUUUUGAAAAAAAAAAACUGGAUUGAGGAGCUGGACAAUAGUGUGGAAGUCAAGUGAUGACUUAUACAGUGAAAGAUGAAGAGUUAGUCUUCAUUUAUAACAGUUGUGAUGCCUCCAGUAACUACUAGAGUACAGUAGGAGGUCAGACUGUUUUGAUGCCUGAUAAUGAUAAAAUAAAAAAAAAAAAAGAAUUCUUAGUGAAGUGACUUAGCUCAGGCAAACCUGGAAAGUGCUCUUAAAAUAGGAACUGUUAAAAAAGUGGCAAAAGACAAUUUAACCAAAGGGCUUAAGUGUAAUUUAAGUUUGGAGGAGGAGGCGGCGGCGGCAGCAGCGUGAGUGCCCAGGAGCGCGCUGGCCCCAGAACUGUGAUGUGGCUCCCUCACAAGUGCAGUGACUUGCGGACCAGAAGUUCAGGGUAGAAAAUUCCCCUCCUGACCUUCUUCUGUCAUUAUUUCAGAAGUGAUCUAGUUACAUUUAUUAAUUGAUUAUGUAAUUGAUUCAUCAUAAGGCCUCACACAAGAAAAUUACUGGAAAAAAGAAAUUAUUACGUUUGAUUUAUUUCAUUAAUCCCAACUAUAGUUCCUGUGUAGAUGAGGAGCCUCUUUCGUUGUGGUGCCCAGGUCCGGUCUUAUUUCCCUCCAAUGCUGGGACUCCUGAUUGGUCAAUAUUUUAUAGAGUUUCAGCAUUCAGUUGUAUGUUUCAUUUGGUGGAGUAUGACUUUUGUAUAUAUUUGUAGUGUGUAAGACAGUAAUUAUUAUGUAACAGUUAUGGAAUCCCACAAGAAGACUGGCUGCUUCCCUCAAGUUGCUUUUCAUUCAUGUGGGGCUUUCGUCAUGCCGUAUAGUCUGUAUUAUCAUUGGUUUCUGCAGCUUCAUUGGUUUGCAUUGGUACGUUCCCUGUACAUUGUGUGUGUAUAGGCAAGUUUCACCAUCAUUAAGCCAUGUGGCGAAUAAAAGAGAAAUGGUGUAAUAA